GGUCCUAAAUUGUCGCACGUAUAGGAACAAAACCUCUGUGUCUCCGACUUCUCAUGCGCUUUCUCUUUCCUCUUCUCUCUCUUUCCCAGUCCUUUGCUCUACUCUCCACCCCCCAUUUUCCAGCAACUAGGGUUUUUGCUCCUCUCUUUCUACUAAAAAGGAGCUUUUCAACUGUUACCCAUUUCCAUUUUUACAGUUGUCAUCACCAGGAAAUUUACUUUAGUGGGUCAUUCAUUUUCACUUAAAAAAAAGAGAAAAGAUAUUAUUGCUGGGUUUUGUUCAUUCUUGAAGACUGAGCUGAAAGAUUGAUGGCUAAGACUAAACCUGGAAAAAAAGACCUUGAUUCUUACUCUAUCAAGGGCACCAACAAAAUCGUUAGACCUGGUGAUUGUGUGUUGAUGAGACCGUCUGAUUCUGAUAAGCCUCCGUACGUGGCAAGAGUAGAGAAGCUCGAGUCCGAUCACCGGAAUAAUGUGAAGGUCAAAGUCAGAUGGUACUACCGACCGGAGGAGUCUAUUGGUGGUCGCAGACAAUUCCAUGGGGCCAAAGAGCUGUUCUUAUCAGAUCACUUCGAUAUGCAAAGUGCACAUACCAUUGAAGGGAAGUGCAUAGUGCACUCUUUUAAGAACUACACCAAAUUGGAGAAUGUGGGCCCUGAGGAUUACUUUUGUAGGUUCGAGUACAAAGCUGCCACAGGGGGAUUUACUCCUGACCGCGUCGCUGUGUAUUGUAAGUGUGAGAUGCCCUACAACCCUGAUGAUCUGAUGGUACAGUGUGAAGGAUGCAAAGACUGGUUCCAUCCCUCUUGUAUGGGUAUGACCAUUGAAGAAGCAAAGAAAUUAGAGCAUUUCUUGUGUUCUGACUGUUCCGCAGAAGAUGAUGGCAAACGUCCCUUGAGCUCAUUUCAUGUUUCACCACCUGUUGAGUCAAAGGUGGAGUCAAAGCGAAGGAAGAGAUAAAUAGCUGACCUUGAUGCAGUAUGAGGAGAAGUAGGAUUUCUGGGUUAGAUGGGAAGCUGGAUGUAUGAUGACAAGCCUCUAAGAGCUGAUCAAGAAUCGUACUGACGAAUAAGAACUUUUCCCGUUUGCGAGUUGCAAUAUCUGGAGUCCUUAUUUCAUAGCGCUAUAGCAUUUGCUCUAUCUAUAUCUUAGAUAGCAAACAAAUUGAUUUAGUUGCUCUAUCUAUAUCUUAAAUAGCAAACAAAUUGAAUUAGCACUUCUCAGAUCAGGCUAGGUUAGCCUCUCAAGCGAAGUUGGGGCGCCGAGGCCAUGUAUGCGCUAGCAAUUGGUACAUAGGAGCAUGCAAUAUGCAGAUGCAUAUUGAGUUGGUUAAAAUUGGUUAAAUGAGUUGUGAUCUAAUUCAAUUAAAUGUUCAUGUGAAUUCGUCGACCGAUGGUGAUCUCUUGAUCUCUGUCCUGACAACAUGCUUGUAAAUUAGUGCCAGAGAGCUUGCUUCAUCGUCUGAAAAUAAAGUUAUUUUUGCUACUUAGUUGAUUCUCUUAAUUGAUA